UAUACAUCGCUACAAUAUACAGAGACUUAAUGUAUUUUAAUAUUGAGUAGACCGAUAAUUUUUCAUUAUCAACUUGGGAAAACUCCUUGACCAGAUCUUAAAAGUAGAAAAGACAAAAAACUAGUACUACAAUUCCAGCCGAUGAUGAUAUGGUGCUAUCGCAUACAUCACAUAUGCAGUACGGAAUGCAUUAACGAAGAACUCGCAUUCCUCAAGAAGACUUUGACGGAAAAUGGUUACCCAGAACGGUUCAUAGAAAGGAAUAUGAAUAGAAGUAGUCGCGACAAGAAUUCUAGUUGUUCCGUUACGAAGAAAAACCUUUAUAUAAGUCUGGAAUUUAAAGGUGAUCGAACAUCAGACGUAAUCAAAAAUCGUCUAACAACAACUAUUAGAAGAACAUUUAACGCGGCAAAACUGCGAAUAUCCUUCACUAGUAGAAACUUAUUUUCUGUAUCCAUAAAAGAUAAGCUUCCACGUCUGGUCGCCUCCAUGUGCAUCUACCAAUUCACCUGCUCUUGUGGAGCAAGGUAUAUUGGCCGUAGCCAGCGCUCGCUUUCAACUCGGAUACGGGAACAUAUCCCAGCUUGGUUCUAUAAGGGUGAAAGGAAAGCAGUUAGGAGUUCGAUACUUGAACACCUAAUCGACUAUAACCAUUCAACAGAUCCACAAAUUGACUUUAAGGUUGUUUAUAUGAUUCGUUCAAAUCUAUCCAGAUUUCUUCGUAUACAACUUUUAAAAAUAGCCGAAGCUCUUACCAUCCAAGAGCUUAAACUAGAACUAUGCGUACAAAAGAAGUACGUCCUAUCGUUAUCGUUACCUUGGCCUUAAUUAUUUUGAUUAUCCUAUUAUUAUUAUUAUUAUUAUUAUUAUUAUUAUUAUUAUUAUUAUUAUUAUUAUUAUUACUGCAUUCCCCCUUUACUUAUGUCAUAUAUUCUCAUUGUUUUAUUCAUGAACGCUCAUCAUAUCACUUUAUUUUUGUACACCUCUAUGACCUUUAAUUAUUAUAUCAAAAACAUUUUAAUCAUUUUAAUCAUCUUAUUAUAUUCACCAAAUCCAUUGUUAUUGUUAUUAUUCACAUUACGUAAUCGAGUAUUAUAACAUUUUUAUUAACUGUGUUCACAUUUCCUCACAGAAUUAGUACUUUUACCAAAACAAAAGAAUUUCAUAUAUAUACGAUUGUACAGCUUGAUAAUAAAUUCGUUGAAAAGAGAUCACUUCGCUGAAA